AUGGGUACGGGGCGGAAGGCUAGGGGGUACAGAGUGGAGAGGGAUGUGCUGGAUGAGCAGAGACUGGAGGAGCUGGCUCAGAGAAUGGACUACUCUGACACUCACCCUUCCCUGACGAAGCAGCUAAAAGAGUCCUUCAGGUAAGGCACAGAAGGUGUGUGUGCGUGUGUGCGUGUGUGUGUGUGUGUGUGUGUGUGUGUGUGUGUUUGCACACACUAGUCGAAGGUGUGUGAAUGUGUGUGUGAGUUUCUGAUUUAUUGCAAAUAGAUGGGGUAAAUCUUUUACGACAUGGGUCUGGUGGAUCAUGCUCAAUGCUGCCUGUCGGCUGGAAGAAUAUACUGUCGGUUAACCUUUCUUUCUAUACUAACCCUAACUCUAGGUUCAAAUAAAAUAAAAUAAAAAUAAAAUAUUAUUUGUCACAUGCGCCGCAUACAACAGGCGUAGACUUUACUGUUAAAUGCUUACUAUGAGCCUUUUCCCAAUAAUGCACAGUUAAAAAGUAAGAAACAUUUGCAAAAAAGAGAAAAGGAAAUAAUAACAGAAUAAAAUACAGUAACGAGACUGUAUACAAGUAGUACCGGUACAGAGUCAAUGUGCAGCGGUACGAGAUAGUUGAGGUAAUUGAGGUAACAUGUACACUACCAGUCAAACGUUUGGACACACCUACUCAUUCAAGGGUUUUUCUUUAUUUUUACUAUUUUUUACAUUGUAGAAUAAUAGUGAAGACAUCAAAACUAUGAAAUAACACAUAUGGAAUCAUGUAGUAACCAAAAAAGUGUUAAACUAAUCAAAAUAUAUUUUAUAUUUGAGAUUCUUUACAUAGCCACCCUUUGCCUUGAUGACAGCUUUGCACACUCUUGGCAUUCUCUCAAACAGCUUCAUGAGGUAGUCACCUUGAAUGCAUUUCAAUUAACAGUUGUGCCUUCUUAAAAGUUAAUUUGUGGAAUUUCUUUCCUUCUUAAUGCGUUUGAGCAUUUGUGACAAGGUAGGGGGGUAUACAGAAGAUAGCCCUAUUUGGUAAAAGACCAAGUACAUAUUAUGGCAAGAACAGCUCAAAUAUGCAAAGAGAAACGACAGUCCAUCAUUACUUUAAGACAUGAAGGUCAGUCAAUACGGAACAUUUCAGGAACUUUUAAAGUUUCUUCAAGUGUAGUCGCAAAAACCAUCAAGCGCUAUGAUGAAACUGUCUCUCAUGAGGACCGCCACAGGAAUGGAAGACCCAGAGUUACCUCUGCUGCAGAGGAUAAGUUACCAGCCUCAGAAAUUGCAGCCCAAAUAAAUGCUUCACAGAGUUGAAGUCACAGACACAUCUCAACAUCAACUGUUCAGGCCUUCAUGGUUGAAUUGCUGCAAAGAAACCACUACUAAAGGACACCAAUAAUAAGAAGAGACUUGCUUGGACCAAGAAACACGAGCAAUGGACAUUAGACCGGUGGAAAUGUGUCCUUUGGUCUGGAGUCCAAAUUGGAGAUUUUUGGUUCCAACCACCGUGUCUUUGUGAGACGCGGUGUUGGUGAACGGAUGAUCUCCGCAUGUGUAUUUCCCACCGUAAAGCAUGGAGGAGGAGGUGUUAUGGUGUGGGGGUGCUUUGCUGGUGACACUGUCUGUUAUUUAGGCAUACUUAACCAGCGUGGCUACCACAGCAUUCUGCAGUGAUACACCAUCCCAUCUGGUUUGGGCUUAGUGGGACUAUCAUUUGUUUUUCAACAGGACAAUGACCCAACACACCUCCAGUAAAAAUACUGUACUAUACAUGUAGGUAGGAGUAAAGUGACUAGGCAAUCAGGAUAGAUAAUAAACAGAGUAGCAGAAGCGUAUGUGAAGAGUGUGAAAGUGUGUGUCUGUGAGUGUGUGUGUGUGUGGUGUCAAUAUGCAUGUGUGUGUGAGUGUAUGUAGUGUGUGUGUGUGUAUAUACAGUGGGGAAAAAAAGUAUUUCGUCAGCCACCAAUUGUGCAAGUUCUCCCACUUAAAAAGAUGAGAGAGGCCGGUAAUUUUCAUCUUAUGUACACGUCAACUAUGACAGACAAAUUGAGAAGAAAAAAAUCCAGGAAAUCACAUUGUAGGAUUUUUAAUGAAUUUAUUUGCAAAUUAUGGUGGAAAAUAAGUAUUUGGUCACCUACAAACAAGCAAGAUUUCUGGCUCUCACAGACCUGUAACUUCUUCUUUAAGAGGCUCCUCUGUCCUCCACUCGUUACCUGUAUUAAUGGCACCUGUUUGAACUUGUUAUCAGUUUAAAAGACACCUGUCCACAACCUCAAACAGUCACACUCCAAACUCCACUAUGGCCAAGACCAAAGAGCUGUCAAAGGACACCAAAAACAAAAUUGUAGACCUGCACCAGGCUGGGAAGACUGAAUCUGCAAUAGGUAAGCAGCUUGGUUUGAAGAAAUCAACUGUGGGAGCAAUUAUUAGGAAAUGGAAGACAUACAAGACCACUGAUAAUCUCCCUCGAUCUGGGGCUCCACGCAAGAUCUCACCCCGUGGGGUCAAAAUGAUCACAAGAACGGUGAGCAAAAAUCCCAGAACCACACGGGGGGACCUAGUGAAUGACCUGCAGAGAGCUGGGACCAAAGUAACAAAGCCUACCAUCAGUAACACACUACGCCGCCAGGGACUCAAAUCCUGCAGUGCCAGACGUGUCCCCCUGCUUAAGCCAGUACAUGUCCAGGCCCGUCUGAAGUUUGCUAGAGUGCAUUUGGAUGAUCCAGAAGAGGAUUGGGAGAAUGUCAUAUGGUCAGAUGAAACCAAAAUAGAACUUUUUGGUGAAAACUCAACUCGUCGUGUUUGGAGGACAAAGAAUGCUGAGUUGCAUCCAAAGAACACCAUACCUACUGUGAAGCUUGGGGGUGGAAACAUCAUGCUUUGGGGCUGUUUUUCUGCAAAGGGACCAGGACGACUGAUCCGUGUAAAGGAAAGAAUGAAUGGGGCCAUGUUUUGUGAGAUUUUGAGUGAAAACCUCCUUCCAUCAGCAAGGGCAUUGAAUAUGAAACGUGGCUGGGUCUUUCAACAUGACAAUGAUCCCAAACACACUGCCCGGGCAAUGAAGGAGUGGCUUCGUAAGAAGCAUUUCAAGGUCCUGGAGUGGCCUAGCCAGUCUCCAGAUCUCAACCCCAUAGAAAAUCUUUGGAGGGAGUUGAAAGUCUGUGUUGCCCAGCGACAGCCCCAAAACAUCACUGCUCUAGAGGAGAUCUGCAUGCAGGAAUGGUCCAAUACACCAGCAACAGUGUGUGAAAACCUUGUGAAUACUUACAGAAAAUGUUUGACCUGUGUCAUUGCCAACAAAGGGUAUAUAACAAAGUAUUGAGAAACUUUUGUUAUUGACCAAAUACUUAUUUUCCACCAUAAUUUUCAAAUAAAUUCAUUACAAAUCCUACAAUGUGAUUUUCUGGAUUUUUUUUCUCAUUUUGUCUGUCAUAGUUGACGUGUACCUGUGAUAAAAAUUACAGGCCUCUCUCAUCUUUUGAAGUGGGAGAACUUGCACAAUUGGUGGCUGACUAAAUACUUUUUUUCCCCACUGUAUAUACACACACACACACUACAUACACUCACACACACAUGCAUAUUGACACCACACACACACACACUCACAGACACACACUUUCACACUCUUCACAUACGCUUCUGCUACUCUGUUUAUUAUCUAUCCUGAUUGCCUAGUCACUUUACUCCUACCUAGGCUUUGUCGUGCCCUCUUCACGACUGUGUUGGUUUGUUUGAACCAUGAUAAGCCCUUAGUGAUAUGGCCACCGAGGAACUUGAAGCUCUUGACCCACUCCACUACACACCCGGUUCAACCUUAACCUUAACCUCAACCCCAACCCUAAUUUAAUGUCCACAUCCCGGUUCAUCCCUAACCCUCAACCCUGACCCUAUCCCUCUUCUGUCUGUCUGUCACCCCCCUGCCCCCCCUUCCCAGAUGUACUGUACCCAGGCUGAAGCGUAGUGUGGUGGGCUGUCUGCCUGUACUCUACUGGCUGCCCCGCUACUCUAUCUGGGAUUAUGGCAUGCCGGACCUCAUCUCUGGUAUCAGUGUGGGCAUCAUGCACUUGCCACAAGGUACAGUAAGACCACAAUCCCAUGGGUUAAUCACAAAAGACUAGUAUCCUUAAUAACAACAUGCAUUUCAAUGGUCAUAAUGUGAACUUCAUGUACAGAAUAUGUACAGACCUAGUGGAAAAUAAUAGUUGAAUGAUUUAUUGGCUAGUGAGGCUGUUUUAACUAGAUUCCUCUAUACACUGUGCAGGUAUGGCAUAUGCAUUGCUGGCCUCCUUGCCCCCAGUGUUUGGGCUGUACACAUCCCUCUACCCUGCAUUGGUCUACUUUUUCUUUGGGACGUCCAGACAUAUUUCCAUAGGCAAGUGGACAGAAAUAUGUAGUAUGUGAUUGGUUGAUAAGGACUAAGAUUAACACUCCCAGUCAGUCCAAUUCUUUUUGUACAUACAAAUGUACAUACACAGAUGUCGUUAUGUUGUGUUUGUGUGCAGGUACGUUUGCGGUGCUCAGUAUCAUGGUUGGAAGUGUGACAGAGAGGUUGGCUCCAGACAGGAACUUCCUGGUCAUGAUGAAUGGGACUAACCUGACUGAGGUGAACAUCACUGCCAGGGACUCGUACAGGGUGCAGGUCGCUGCUGCUACCACCGUCCUAGGAGGACUCAUCCAGGUCAUCAAUAAAAACUAAAAACAAUACAAUACAACAUAACACAAGACAAUAAAAUAUGCUACAUUAUGCUUCAAUCCAAUGCAAUCCAAUUCAAUACAAUACAAGAUAUCACAAAUCAGGCAUUCGUAGAUCAUUUAUCCUUACUAUGACUGACAGUAGGAAUAUGUUGUGUUUGAAUGUUCAUGCUUCAACUUGUAGGUGGUGCUGGGGCUGGUGAAGUUUGGGUUUGUGGGUACGUACCUGUCAGAGCCACUGGUGCGAGCCUACACAACAGCAGCUGCUGCUCACGCUGUGGUUGCUGUGAUCGCACAGCUCUUUGGGGUGUCAACCACACGCUUCAGUGGACCCCUGUCACUGGUGUAUGUGAGUACCAUGCGUGUGUGUGACACUUUAACUCAACCCCAGCACAAAACCCUAAACUAAUAUAAUAUUGGUGUAACUCUUGUCCACAGACCCUUGUGGAGGUGUGCUCCAAGCUACCUCAGACCCAUCUCCCCACACUGGUGGUCAGUAGUGUAUCCAUGGUGUUUCUCAUCGCAGCCAAGGAAAUCAACUCUGCCAUCAGCGCCAAACUGCCCGUGCCCAUCCCAGUGGAGCUCACCACAGUCAGUUACUAUGAUACUCUGUCCCCUGUCUCACCGUCUUACGGUCUAUUGUUAAUCUACAUCCCCUGUCGUUCUGUCAGUCUCUUCCUUAUGUUUUUCUACAAACAUUUAUUGAUCUUUCUUUUUCUAUCUUGAUUGGUCAAAGAUACAUUUGAACUUGAAAUAUUUGACAUUGGUUAUAUUCGUUUGGGUAUGUCAGAGAUGUUUUUUCUGUCUAGUCUAGUUCGCGUUGACAAGUUUUGGCUCCUGCAUAGAAAAACUGAAAUGUAGAAGAAUGGGCCUAGUCUGAAACAGAAGAGCUGAGUCAACUAUAUGUGACCGUUCCAAUGUACUGUAUUAGUGUCGUACACAGCAGAAACAGGUGAUUCAUAACUAAUGAUUAGGGACACUUCUGGCUUCUGAUUGACCCAACCUACAGUAUGUUCACUAAAUGAUUGAUGUGAUGUUACCCUUGCAAAAUUCCCAUUAUUUGUCCAGUUGUAUUGAGAAGAUUGUGACAUAGUUGUAUUGAAAAGAGUGUUUCUAUUCUGAUAAAGAUUGUGGCAGCGACGGUGAUAUCGUCCUACACCCACCUAAACGGCAACUACACAAUCUCAGUAGUGGGGGAAAUUCCCAGCGGGUCAGUAUUUAGAGUGAAAAAUAGUGUUUUUUUAACUCAAAAGUAUGCGUGUGUGUGAGUGAUAUAACGUGUGUGAAUGUGUUUGUUUGUGUGUGAGAGAGAGAAACAUGUAAUAAUCAUUAAUACCUUGUUAAUCUGUCAAAUUGUAAUCCUCAUGACUUUUUCUUGACCUCUUCCUGUUGACCGCUUCUCUUCCUGGUAUGUUGUUAAUUCUUAUUACCGACCCCUGCUGGUUCAUGGUUGAAACCUCUGGUACUAGCCUGACCUCCAUAUCCUCUGCUUUAUUCAGCCUGGCUGCCCCCAGGUUACCUGAUGCUAGCCUGUUUAGAGAGGUCAUGGGGGAUGCGUUUGCCUUAGCUAUUGUGGGCUAUGCCAUCUCCAUCUCUCUUGGGAAGACGUUUGCACUAAAACAUGGCUACAAGGUGGACAGCAACCAGGUGAGACAAUCCCUCUUAUCAUACAUUGUUCCAACACCAUCAAAGCAACUGAAUCUCUUACAAUCUACACAAGCUGUACCAUCUUCCCAUGAAUUCAUUUGAUCUUGUCGCGCCUCAUAGGCCACCAUAACUGAAAUCGCUCUGCAAUACAGUCCAAACAAAGCUCUGUCUGUUACACUCACUAGACACACACUCACCUCGUCCAUCCUCUCCUAUCCCCUUUUCUGCUGUCUUCCUCCUCUCCAUCCAUUUCCCUGCUGUAGGAGCUGGUGGCGCUGGGUCUCAGUAAUGCUGUGGGGGGAUUCUUCCAGUGCUAUGCUGUCUGUUCCUCCAUGUCCCGUAGUCUCAUCCAGGAGAGUACUGGAGGCAAGACACAGGUGAGAGGAACACUGCGGGACUCCUACUGUACACCAUUCUGAAUAAUACAGGAGUGUUUGCUAUAUUAAUGCUAUAGUCAUGCAUGUAAAUGCAUACACACAAUGAAUGUGUGUAGGUUAUGUAAAAGCAACAUGAAUCUAUGUUUUGUGACAGAUGAAAGAUACAAAUGAUGUAUUGAUUGCGUAAAUCGAUGUGAUGUCCAAUGUCUUUACUGCAGAUGGCUGGAAUGGCCGCUGCUGUGAUAGUGUUGGUGACUGUGCUGAAGCUCGGGCCUCUGUUCCAGGAGCUGCCAAAGGUAUGUCUCUACUUCAGCUAUAUACUGUAUGUGUGUGUGUGGGAGAGUGUGUGAUAGGAGAUAGAAUGCUGUUUGUAUGUAUUCUUUCUACGUCGUUAUAUAUCUAUUUAAGUGUUUGCGGGUGAAGUAUGAGGUUUCGAAAGUGUGUGUGCGUUUUAUACUGGUUGUAGCCACUCUUAUGUUUCUGUGUGUUUCAGGCAGUGCUCGCAGCCAUCGUCUUUGUGAACCUGAAGGGCAUGUUCAAGCAGUACUAUGACAUCAUCACUCUGUGGAGGAGCAGCAAAGUUGAUCUGGUGAGAGGAGAUAUGUACUUCCUUAUACAUAUUACACACAUCUUCUCUGGUUGUGAAUGGUCGAUAUAGUUGAAUAUAAUUGAAAAACACAGUAACACUUUGUUUGCAGGGUAUCUACGCAAGGGCGUCAUCACACAUUCAUAACCCAUUCAUAAACAUUACCCUGUUCCCAGGUGGUGUGGCUGGUGACCUGGGUAUCUACACUGCUGUUUAACCUGGACAUGGGCCUUGGUGCCUCCAUCACCUUCGCUGUGCUCACUGUUAUCUUCAGGACCCAGCUGUAAGACUGCUCUUCCACUUCUUCAACACUGUAUAGUUUUCAUGUGGCUGUGUGUUUUACAAACAAACCAAAAAGCAAAGCAUCAGCAGGUGCCAGGUGGCAAUUCAUCUUGGCACUUUUAAACAGCUCUUUCAGGCCAAAGUCAGUGAUUGGAAGCCAAAAACCAACAUUUGAUAAAGAAUUCAGAACAAAAAAACAGCAUCCAUUUAAUAAUUAUACAGUAGCUCUGACAGAGAACUGGAGUGCUCUGGUGGUGACCCAACUCUGCUGUUCUCUCUUUCAGUCCGAAGUACUCAGUUCUGGGACACAUUCCCGGGACAGAGCUCUACUUGGACAUGGAGACCCACAGAGAGGUGAGAGACAAUAGAAUAUAAUCAUUCUAUUUCUAUGGGUGAGACAGCAGACCUUGGGAGGCAGCAGGAAGAGAGGUAGUGGUGGCACGGUCAGUGGGUAACCAUAACCUUGUCGUUUGUUUGUGUGUGUGUGGCAGGUGAGAGAGGUCCCUGGCAUCACUAUCUUCCACUCCUCUGCCACCGUGUACUUCGCCAACGCUGACCUCUACCUGGAGGCGCUAAAAGAAAAGGUGCCCUUUUCCAUACAACUCUGACAGUGACACUCAUUUGCACUUCAUGUGAUACUCAUUUGCACCUCAUGCUCUACAGGGUGUCGAAAGCGCUCCCCGUUCAAAGGCACUUACAUUUUUUUGUCUUGCCAAUUCACCCUCUGAAUGGCACACAUACACAAUCCAUGUCUCCAGGAGCGCAACUUUGGUUUUAGAAGUGGGGGGGACAUAAUUAUUAUAAUUGUUUUAAUCCAGUCGGAUAAACACUCCAAACAGCCUAACCGACCGCUCGGAGGCAUCCGCAUGAUCCUAAAGCACACCGUUGCCUCGUUUUGUAUCACAUUCCAAUGAUAAAACUGGGGGGGACAAAAAUGCAAUUUCAGAAUGUGGGGGGGACAUGUCCCAAUUGUCUCAAAGUUAAAAAAUCCUUCUUUAACCUGUCUCCUCCCCUUCAUCUACACUGAUUGAAGUGGAUUUAACAAGUGACAUCCAUAAGGGAUCAUAGCUUUCACCUGGUCAGUCUAUCUCAUGGAAAGAGCAGGUGUUCUUCAUGUUUUAUAUACUCAGUGUAUAGGGAAUAGGGUGCCAUUUGAGACGCAAGCCUCGUAUUUCGUGACUGUAGGCCUACAUUUGGAGCAUGCGUUUGAUGUGAUGAUAACAGAUGGAGUAACUCUGUUUAGAGCGGGCUUGAUAUCAGCAAGAUGAUCAUCUACAAGAGAAGACAGGAGGCCAAGCAGAGACGCAGAGAGAAGAGAGCUGAGAGAAGAGCUAGGAGGGAGGCCAUGAGACAGGUGAGACACUGGAACCGCCAUUCAUAUACAUUUGAACAACACAUUCCGAACUACUCAGGAAUCCAUCUGGACAUACAUAAACUUGUACAGUAUAAAUCUACUCAUCAUAUCUACAUCAUAUCUCAACUAAUCUAUACAUUAUUUAGAUGACAGAGAGCCAUGAUGCUGCUCUUUCUCUAUCUCCUUAUAUGGCAGGUUUUACAAACGUGGUGUAAAUUAACGUGUUGUCUAUGUGUGGACUGUGCAGAGGCAUGCUCUGAGAGCGGCAGAGCAGAAGACAGGAGUCUUCUCUGUAGAGGAGGAGGCGGGGCAACGGAAGGAACCGGAGGGCGGAGAUGGAGACAGGGAGGAGUCACUGGGAGACGACCAACCAGGUUGGUGCGGCCGCGAGAACGGCACCGUGUUCGUCAUGCCAACAACGCCCCGCACGCCCGAUGAUCACUGCAGCUGGGAGUACCUGAAGGGCGGUAAAGACCCAGACAGUGCCACCCUGGGGGCAGUGUCGGAACUGCAAGAUGGGGACACUACCACUCUGGGGUCCAGUAGUGAGGAUACCCUGAGCCGGGAACUGGAUAAGGUCUCCCUGGGUUCGCUGGGCAAGUGGACCUGGGACAUCCACUCCAUCAUCCUAGACCUAUCCACGGCUAACUUCAUCGACACCGUGGCCAUCAAGACCAUGGGAAAUGUGAGUGGGUGAUGAUGAGGGCAUGGAAAUUAUGAGAUACAAGAGAUGGCCUUGUAUUGAGAGAAGAAAAUCAGGAAUGUAGGUGCCCUCAAUGAAAGGUAUAGGGGAGAAAAAUAUUAGGAUGACAAUGGUUUGGUAGGUUGAGAUACAGUAAGAGUUUAAGAUGUUAAAAGUGGAAAACUACAGAAGUGGUUAUCCUCCUGUCCUGUUUUGACAGAUAUUCCACGACUUUGGUGAGAUUGAUGUUACUGUCUACAUGGCUGGGUGUCAGAGUAAGUAACCCCCCUAUCUGUAGCUAAUAAAUGAACAACUCAUUACUUUGAAUAAGAUGUGUAAAUAACUCUCACUUGUUCUAUCCAGUGUCUGUGGUGGAGCAGUUAGAGCUGGGAGGGUUCUUCUCUGAGUCCAUCACUAAAGGACGUCUGUUUGCUACUGUCCAUGAUGCUGUGCUGCACUGCCUUGGCCACCAGGGAACAUCAACGCCCAGCUAUGAGUAUUCUCUGGUGAGAGACGUGAACAUCUGCAUGCAAAAACAGAUACAAUACAAUCAUUCAAUACAGUUCAAUAGAAGAUACAAUAUGGAAGACUGUAUAUUGCUUUCAACAAGUUAACCAUGUCUGUAAAUAUGUCAUUGCAGGAGAUGCAGUGCAGCACCAAACUCUGAGGACCCUUACUGAAGUCUGACGUCUUUGUAUAUUUGAUCCUUUUGAAAAGUGACUUUCAGUUGGGAAUAUAGUAU